AUGCUGCUAUUCACAAAACUCGCGGCUCCCAAGGCCCCGAAGCGUCGGUCAAGAGCUGGUUGCACAUCCUGCAAAGAAAGGAAAAAGAAAUGUAACGAGGAAAGACCACAGUGCUCCCGCUGUGCGGAGCGAGGGAGCUCCUGUGUAUAUGAGCCCGUUAGGCCUAGGCAGCGCAGGAAGCGUGAUUCUUUCAUUUCCUCGCUGACCGACGCGUCUACCAACGGAGCACACCAGCGUGAGGCUGCAGAGGACGACCAUGGCGCCCGAUUUGAUAGGUUCGACGCCUGCGAGAACCGCCUCAGCCAACAUCAACGCGUCUCACAUGACUGGGGCCAUCAGCCUUGGCAAGCGAGCAUGCCUGAUCCCUUUGACGACGAUCUCAUCUUCUCUCCACUUGACGACACUUUUGAUCCAAAUGUGCUUCUGGCACCUCCACUAGAGACCAGUUCAGUUAUAAUAACUCCGGACGAGGACUUUACCGGGCCAAGGCUCAACUCGACCACUCAGCCAAGAGUGCUCAUAUACGACGAAGAUGACGACGACGGCGAGGAGGAAAUCGACAUUGCAGGAGGAGGUGCAGGACUGAUUGGAAUAAAGCACGAUAGGAGGAGCUCGUUCACAUCGACGACAACCGUGGCAACAAACACAACAGCCGGAAACACUAUAUUCAGCACAGACCUUACAAUAUGCUCCCCUGCGACUGUCCGCUCGCCUCUCCUUGAGUUCACAUGCCCUUCUUUCUCGGAAUUUUCCGAAAACCCUCGCCAAAGGUCACUGGUGGAUCAUUUCUGCAACGUCCUUUCUCAUUUGAUUGUCUUCCGUGAGGAAACGGGUAAUCCAUUUCAGCAGCUCGUUCUGCCACUGAUGCGUGGUGGUGGCGGCGGCGGCAACAAUUCUCCCGUUGCCGAUGCGGUCUUUGCGCUCGCAGGAGCGCACUUGGAACACAGAGGUGUGGAUGCUAAAGAGGGCGAUAAGUCGCUAUACUUUCAUCACCGGGCAAUUCAGGGGCUUGCGGGGUUGAUACGUAUGCACAAUGCAGGCGUGAAUAGGAAUGAGGUCUUGGCGGCUAUCAUGCUACUCAUUUACUACGAAGUGCUGGUUCAGAGAGGUCGCUCUAAUAUUGUCGAGGGUCACCUGAAGGGCGCUCUCACAGUCAUGUGCUCAAAUCCCGAGCCCUUGGAUUCGACGGGAAUCUUCUUAGAGCGAGCAUUCCGCUUCUACGACGUGAUCGCGGCUCUUUCAUUUGGCACAGCGCCACUCUCCACCGCCCCGGCAGCAGGUUGUCUUGUGCCAUUCCCGAUAUCGGCACCUACCGCAACGUCCACUCUCAACAACGUGGACAGUCUAUUAGGCAUGGCCACAACGCUGUGGCCCAUAAUACAUCGUCUAUCCGCCCUCCUCCCGCUCAAGACCGACGUCGCAAAGGCGCGUGAUGCUGGCCACAACGGCAAGGUCGCGGUGCUGCGGACCGAAUUUGAAACCACAGUAGGCGCUGUAGAGGCUGCAUUGCUUGGAUGGACCCCCAACCUGCCGACCGGAUGGGUUCUUCACCAGAGCGAUCCAACCAAGCUGGUGGAAGAUACCACAGCUGCGAAAGACGAAACACCUGCAGGGGAAGAGAAGAGGUCAGGUGGCGUUUCGGCCCGCCUUCAUUCGAUUCUCAACAAUGCCCUCGCCUACCGCAACUCGGCCCUCGUCUACUUGUACCGUACUGUGCUCUCGCACCCGCGCGACCACCCGCUCGUCCAGCGCCACGCAAACCUCUCGCUGAGGCACUGCGCGGCGACGGUGGAACACCAGGGGCCCAUGGGCGCGCUGCUGUGGCCGCUGUUUGUCGCUGCGUGUGAGGCUGCGACCGAGGCCGACCGAGAUACUGCGCGGACGGCUUUCGCGGCCAUCGACAAGAGACAAGGCAUGACCAACAUCGAGCGGGCAUGGGACAUUGUUCAAGAAGUUUGGAGAAGGGCGGAGGGCGGGGUUGGAGAGGCCGUGAAGGGAGAUGGUGUGGGCUCAGGCUCGAGCCCUGCUCAGCUGUCCAUGGCCUGCUCCCGAGAAAUAAAGGGGACGGCUGAUAUGUGGAGGGUGGUUAGCAAGGAAAUGGGCGUCAACAUUGUUUUUGGUUGA